AUGGCGCAGGAACGAAAACAAAAACCGUCGCUAACAUCAACCUCGGGUACUGCCUCCUUAAACACAGUUUGCUUACCAGAUGAAGCUUCACAGACUGAGACUCCAAGAGAUUUUAUGAGUAGAUGUGGGGCAGAUGUUUUGGUCCAUGACGCAGUAAUAGCAUUAUUACAAGCAAGGCCCAAAGACCCAAUUGGCUUUCUUAGCGACUAUUUUGGUGUGUUUUUGGAACCAAGAAACAUAUUACUAGCUGCGUACGAAAAAAUAAGAAUGACUCAUUAUACAAACAGUAUGUUCGAAGGCAACUUGGUUGAAGCAUACAAUAGGUUCAAAGAGAAAAACAAGGAGUCUGGGAUUCAAACUAGUUUGCAAGGUGAACUCCACAACGAAUUGUUAGUGAUGUUGACACAAAACAUGCCUGUUAGAUAUUCAGAGCCACUGCUUAAACGUCUGAUGAAAUUUGAAAAACAGAGCAUAUCCUUUACGUUGUUUCGAAGUGACGUGACCACUGCUUUGCGAUGUGAAGAUUUUGUUAAUACGGCGUCGUCUAUUUACAAGGACAUUGAUUUUACUGGGGCAGGAAAUGCGCCUCGUGAGCUUUGCAAUGCAUUCUUAAACGAACUUGAACUCAUCUUAGAUAAAGGAGCAGCAAAUUCAACUAUUGAUAAGAAAUUGGCUAGAAUUCUUCCGAAAUAUUCAUUGCAUGACCACAGUGACAAUAAAAAUUCAAUGCCAUUAGAUAAUUUUAUAGAAAGUGCAUUGAGAAUUUUUCUUAAAUGCACAUAG